AGAGGCUGGCCUCAGUCGCCCGCGACAUUCGGUCCGCGAUACGAUUCGGUGUAAUCUCCGUGUAGCUGGACUCGAGCGAGCUAGUGUGCCGGUAUCGGAGGACGCGCGCGCGUUUCGGUCGUUUUUGAGGAAAGUGAGGAAAACGGUAGUCACGUCGAUUCGAUCGUACAUCGAAAUCGAAUCGGGCGUUUAAAGGCUCGAGUAGCCGGAUCGAAUCGCUGCGAACGAGUGACAGGGAAGAUAGCAAACACGCGAUGGACGCGGAGACGAUAUUCGAAGCAAGAAGGCGUGAGACGUGAGCAGGAUCGUUGCGUCGGGAAUCGCAGAAGGUUUUCCAGUAGCAGGACAUUGUUUCGAAAUCGAGCGAACUGGAACGUGGCCAAAAACAAGCGUCGUACGGGACGUUUCGAUAUUCCCUGUUUCAUCGGGUCACGCGCGAUUUGUACCACGUGGUUCGACUGUGAUCCCAUCACCGUUACGUUGAUUCUCGAAGCUCGGACACUAAUAACCGCCUUUGGCGAUCUAUCCGCGCUGCCAUUGCCAGCGAAACACGGCCGAUCAUUAAUGUCUCGAUCGGGACACCGGUCGGUCGCGGAUCUCAGUGAGACGAAGUGCCACUGCGCUUUGAUCGCGAUGCAUCGUUGAAUCAAAGGAACCGUGUGGUUUUCCAGCGACGAACAGACCAAGCUCGGAAUCGCGAUCGUGAGAAUCGCGAGGAUCGCGUGUCGCUAGGAUAAUGUAAGGUGCUCCGAGGAAUACGGUUCCGAAGACGAAAUGACGCGCGACAGGAGGCUGCUGUUACUCGUGAUCCUUCUGAUGGCAUACGGUCUGUUCGCGAUCGAGGCUAGGCAUCGUCCCCACGAAAACACUGCUAACGACGACAAGCACAGACACAGGCACAGACACGAGUCAUUGAAUGGGAGGAGAAAUCGUCAUGACCUGGCCGACAGACGAUUAUCGCCUUGGUCACAGGAACUCGACUAUGAGGAUGGUUCGUUGGUCGACCGAGAGGAUCAAGAGGACGAGGAGGACGAUGAUUACGAUGUUCGCCCCUAUUACGAGAGAUCCUAUCCUCGGACCUCGAGGAUUGCUGUUCACAGCCGGAUGUUCGAACCGCGUUACCCGACUAGGUAUCAUCGAGGCGGUUAUCGCGGAACCGGCUGGUACGAGGAGGACGAACAGAAACGCAGAGGUUCUCCUCGAUACGCCGGUCGAAGCUACAGAAUGAGAUCCGAGAGGACCCACCACAGGCUCGACUAUCCGAGGAAUCGCGCCUGGGACUACGAUUCUGCCGAAGAUGGAUUCGAUUACGAGAAACCACGGGCGUACAAUGAAAACAGCCCCGACGGGCAUCGUCCUUGGUGGAAAAACGGGAGGAAACACAGGGUCGGUAUCUUUAGACACGACUGGCGCCUCGACGGUAGGAAGAGACAUCGCUCCGGUGACUCGGAACCAUCGAGGAGAUUGGACGAUUGGAGGAGAUCGAACUUCAGCGAGUCGAAGCCCUCCCACUCCAAGACCGACAGGAGGAGGAUCGACAGCUUCGAGGAUUAUGAAUAUCCCGUGGACGAAUUCGACGACGCGGAGAACGACGAAGACGACGCCUCGAAGGAGACGGAGGAUGAGGAUCUGGACGAAGACGAGCUGGACAACGAUUUCUAUAGAAGUGAGAAGAAACCGCCGCUGAAAACUUACGACGACAUCAUCAGAAGGUUGACGUCCGAUGAUCCAACGACUCCCAGACUCACGGUCAAGAGAGACUACAGAAACAUAGAGAUGGACAGAUACGCGAAGAGCGACGGCUUCGGGAAUUUCAGAUACGAGCCGAAAAAUCUCACCAGGCCGCUGGAUCGCGAUCGUGGAAAGAUCGCCGGCCUUCCCUACGUUAACUCCGCCUCUGGUCAUCGGUCUCCGAAGAAGUUCGACGAGAAUUUACCCGGCAAACUGUCGAGUUCGUUGGUCGAGCGUAAAUCGUCGAAGAACGCCAGCAGCCUCGUGACGAAGAGCUUCGAUCAGCCAGCGAACAAAGCCGGCUCGAAGAUCGACGAUACUCAGCCGAAGACCAAGAGUCUCGAGCAGGAUUACGACGAGUAUCUGAAUACUUCGGACAACGAGAAGGAGGAGGAUCUCAUCAAGGCUGGAGUCGAGGAAGACACGGACAUGCAGGCAGACGUUACUAAUACGGACUACGCCGAGGACGAGGACGAAGACGAAACUCCGGCCACGACCACCUCGUCAACGACGACCACCACCACCACCACCACGACUACCACCACCACUACACCAAAGUCUGUGGUUACCCAGAAUUACGAUUACCGGGAUCCGAGAACGUACGAGGGUGGGACAGGGGCGCAGUACAACGGCUACCAAUCGAAAAGUGACUACCCGUCGAUGUCGGCGCACAGCGUUCACAAGUGGCAGUCUCUGGGUACUCGAGAGAGCGUCAAAGAAACCAGAAGCAACAUGCAGCAAUACAAUAAGAAUGGGAAGACGGCGGAAAUCCGAGAGGCUCUUCAACACGCGAUGAAGGUAUCGCGAGAGGGCAGCUGCCGAUGGCCACGACCGAGGGUGAUUCCGGUUCGUGACGUUUACCCAAGCCCGUCGACCACCUACAUUCCACACUGCGCCAUCUUGCACAGGUGCUCAGACGACACCGGAUGCUGCAGAUCGGAAGCGCUCACCUGCGUGCCUAAGCUCUCGCACCGCGUCGAGCUCUCCUUCUAUACGACGAACGUGGGCGGCAGCAGCGUAGUGGAAAAGCUAUCGUUCUACAACCACACGGAAUGCGAGUGUCGAGAGAGAACCGAAUACGACACGAGCAACGAGAAACCGUCCGAACAGAGAGUCUACAGGCAUCAUCAGUCGUCCCCGCAACCUCAGAACAUGAGAAGGGCACAGCCGAGAAAACCGUGCCGGUGUCCUUCGGAAUUCACACCGAGGAUGACGCCCGAAGGCGUCUGCCAGUGCACCUGCUUCGAAACUGACCAGAACUGCAUCAAGAUCAAGCGAGGAAAAGGAUUCUUCUCUCUUCGCGAUAGAUUAUGCAUUCAAAAUGAGGAGUGCGCGAUGCCAACCUGCGAGUUUGGUGAAUACAUGGGGCGACGAGGCAAGUGUCCUCGGAAACAGGACAAGUUCGAUGCGAUUGCCAAUUACCACACGAACUUUAACCACCGAUACAGAAGCUAGGGAAACAGGAGAGAAAAGAGAGCAAGUGUUAAUGAAGAAGAAACCGAGGAGGAAGAAGAAGAACGAACAAGUCAAAAGUGCGUGGAACGCGCGCGACGUACAUCAAACGAACGGUGCCAUCUUUUCCGAGUACUUUUGCGUAAGACUCGAUAUAUGUAUACAUAUGUACCCCUCCAAGCAGUUAUAUAUAAAUGUAUCCUGCUAUUUUCGCCGUCAACCUUGUCACUAUAUUUUGUCCUUUUUUUUUUCUAUCGUUACAAGUGGAGAAAAGUUCGAAUCGGUGAUUGCGUACAGUGAUUAGACACAUAACGAAGCGAUACUAUAGUCGAUCAUAUACGUUUCGAUAUUAAUCGCCCUUUGAUUCUUCUCGAACAGCAAAGUUUGGAUAUUAGUAAAAAUAGAGAAGUUUCUUGUGUAAUCAGUUUACAAUAUGGUUCGUUAUACUCGAAUCUUGAUCCAGACACUGUUUAAAGAUCGAGGGGCACGAAUACUUUGAUUUUGUAAAUUUCAAAUAACCAAUUUGUUCAGCUGUGCCUGAAAUUUAGUAGAUCUGAUGAUAGAGAGAGAGAGAGAGAGAGAAAGAGAGAGAGAGAGAGAGACGCGACUGCUCCUUAUAGCCAAUAGCGCUAGCAGCGCCAGUUUUGAAAUUUAUGACAAAAGACUUGAUUGUCAUAGGACCACGAGCCUAGUCCGAGAUCCUGUCCCUAUUCUGUACCAGACGAUUCUCUUUGAAAGUUCGAUAGAUUAAGCGAUAGACUAACAAACAGUCGAUCGGCUAUGUAGAGAAUAUCGAUGGUUGUAUACCAAAGCGAAGAAACGGUGAACACGAGAAGUAACUGCGCAGAGACCUAACAUAAGUCCGUUAAUGUACGCGUUGUUCGUACUUUGCCGCGUGAAUACGCCGAGGACAUUUAGAAAUCGUGCCAUAACGUGGCAUCCGUGUCCCAUUAUGUUUAUAUGUAUUUUAUAAAAGAGCAAAUCGACACGACAGCAACAAAAAAACGAAUGGUACGAGCAUGCAAGGAAUAUUUUCUCGACAGAUCCACCGCAGGAUCAUCGUUAACCUAUACAAACGACGGACCUUCGAAGUAUACGAGAAGAAAAGGAGCAAAGUUGACUCGAUGUGUUAUUCGAGCCGUGAACAUUUCGUAUCGCACCCCCUAAACGUGUUUUGUACGCUUUUAUAUACAUUAUUAUAGUAUGUACGUACGUAGUAGCCGACUUGAUCGUGAAAUCGAUUUCAUAGCCGAUCUAGCAUUUACGUGGCCACGGAAACAUCAUGUACAAUCGGGUGUAGAUUACCAUUUCACUUGCACUCAAUUUCACUCCUGAAACUUUUAUGCGCGUCCAUUAUGAACUACGAUCUGAAAUUGUCAUUUCAAAUAUGACGAAAACGUAUUCAUACAGAUGGCAUUCAGUCGCGCUAUUGACUAUUUAAUCUUUUACGCUUGAUCUGUGGUCGAAUGUACACGAUGAAUCAAUUUUUCGAUCUUUUUGUGUCGAAUAUUCUAUCGUUAAUCGCGAAUAUGUACAGAACGCCAUUCGACAUUCAGCUUACUAUUGUACUCGCUACCACUUGUAGGCAAUAUACAUAUAUAGACGUAGGCAACAAAUCAAGCAGUACAGUUGUAUAAAGAAAUUCAUGAGUAUCAUUUCAAUAAAAUUUCAAUUUACCUGUAAGUAAA